CCUGCCCGCGGUCCGCUGCCAGGGGAGGGCUGCGCGGCGAAGUUACUCCGGGGAAUGACUCAGCCCGUACUUUCGGCCGGGCGCAGCGUGCGGCAGCGCCGUGUUGGCCGGUGCGCUGCCGCCGUUUCCAGUGCUUACUUAUCGCUGCUCCCGAGGAAGCGUGUGCCGAGCUUUCCCCCGUUGUUUUCUCGUUACUGCUUGUGAGCGCGCUGUCAGGCGGCUCUGCGGGGCUGAGCUGCUGCUCGUCCUCAGUGCCCCCGGAGUUGUGAGUGACUGCUGGCUGAGGGUAAAGGGGCGUGUGGGACAGCUGCAGGGACAGAUCCUUGUGACGCCUCAUCUUUAUCUAGAGAUUAAAACGAUAAAUUGUGCCUAAAACCAAAAUACUGAGAAACAACCUCCAAGUGUUAGUUUGUUUUUUUUUUUUUUCCCUCCGUAAGCUGUAAUGAUCUCUUAUUUAUUUAUUGAGGAAAGACUUUUUGUCUGAAGAAGGAUGUUCUAUCAAUGAGCCAUUUGAUGAGUUCACAUUGAAAGUUUCACCUUUGCCUCAUUAUGGGAGGGAAGGAGGAGGUCACGUGUUGUUUCUGCCCCUAUGUAAAUGUGUGAAGUAGUUGGCAUGGCAGCCUUCAGGGAAGAUGCUCUUGAAAUUGGUUGGUUCACUGCGCAGGAGAAGAUAUCUCACCUCUGUUGGAAAGAUAAUGCAGGGGCAGCUCCCAGUUGAGGUUCAUGUUGUUGGGCAGUAUUUUUAGGAUGCUAGGUACAAAAAGUACUUCAAUAAAGGAAACAUUGAUAUGUUUAAGUUGUAAACUUCUUAAAAAAAAAAAAAAAGAGCAAAAGCCUAAAACAGUCUAGCACCUUGGAUGCUUUUAGAAGAUAAAGCAAAUGAACAAAGAACUGUGUUAUCUAUUUCCACAUAAGCUAUAGUGCCAAGGAAAGCAUACAAGAAAGAAAUGAGACAUGUUACUCACUAAGUUUAGUUUAAAUAAAACUCUGCAGAGGCCAUCUAAAGCUCAGAAUGGUUUUAUUUUAUUAUACUGGGAGUAGUGAAGAAAAAAAUAACUUACAAAUGUGGGGUAAGGGCCUUCAGCUAUGCCAGUUAUAGAUCCAAAAAUACAAGCAGGAACUUCGGGAUAAUGCAUUAGUAAGUGUAGUGUAAUGCAUUAGUGUAAGGUAGACUUAACUGCAAUUUGGACGUGUAUUACCAUUGUGCAGUUUGUGUACUUUUUUGGUUUUCUGUUUUUUUUUUUUUUCUUUGUAAGCAAAACCAAGUUGUGCUGUAGUCUGUUGACCCAGCCUUCUGCUUGACACAGAUUUGGGUUAGUAGUCUCUGGGAUCCUACUCAUGGGGCUGGCUCUGUCCCCAUGUCAUGUUACUACAUUUAUAAUUAGAAGCAUACGAGGCAGACUUGCAUUUACUGGAGAAAAGGACAUUGAUUAUUUUGUGGUCUUUUGUGGUGUCUGGUUAGACGUUGCUUGUCUCUGCGUGAGAUCUGAAUGCAGCUAAGAUUAUGUACAGUUCCAGGAGACUUAAGGUGAAAAAUAUAGUUUCUAAACCAUGCGUAAACCUGCAGUUUCAAUUAUUGUGAUUAAAUAGGGUAGGUCUAUAUGGAAGGAGAGGAAUAGCGUGUGUAUUCUUCUGCUCCUUUUGAUAAGACGGUGACAGAGUGGGAUUGUUUAACAGAAAUCUUCACUAUCUUAAACUGUAGUGUUGGUGGUUGUCAGUGUGAUCCUUAGACCCUUGUUUUUAAUCUAGCAGGUAGUUUGAGUAGAAGGCUGACUUAGAACAGUGUGAAGAUCUAGAGAUUUUUUUGUUGCACGGAGUGGAUUUGCUUGUAUAUUACAGUCAAGUGAAACAAGUCAAAAUGAAAAACUGUUGUCUGAGGUGGGUGCUGUGAGCCAUAGCAUGCAUACCCGGCUGUCAUCUGAGCUACUCCAGAGCCAUUUGGACACUGUCCCAGCUGUCAUGCCUCUCCUACAUGUGUAUUGCACAAGAGGAGUUGUGCUCCUGAUGCUGGGUUCACAGCUACGUGAUAUUACUUGAGGAAUUUCUGAAGAGGAAAGUGAAAUGGUAGAAAGGUGAAAUUCUUCAAAAAAUUGCCAACUUUGCUCUAGACCAUAAACUAUUGAUAUUCUCAGCAGUAGUGAUCAGUGAAGUAGCAAACACUUGGCUAUAAGAAGCAUGCUUAUAAUAAUAUUGUGUACCACCUGAUUGAAUGCACUGAUACCAAACAGGCAAAAAAAGUAUCACUAAUAUGGAAAUUACUAACCUAGCUGCUAGAGUUAGUGUGCAUUUUGUAGCUGAUUUGUCAGAGUAAUGGUUUGGGUAAACAUUUUGAAAGACUCUCAUGUGGUCUCUUAGUCAUAAAAAUGAUUGAUGAUUGAGAAGUCACUGACAGUAACUUAUUUUAUGAACUAGUAAAGGAUUCUGUGGCUAUUGUGAAAGUCACUUGUCUAUGAAUUAACUUCUAUUUCAGAUAUACUUUUAAUUUAGUUUUGAGUUCAGUUGAAAGGAAAGUUGGAAGACGUUGGGUGUUUCCCUCUGUGAGAAGAACUGGUCGUAGAUUCAGCAAUGCUUUAUAAAGCCAGUGGUAUUUUAAUGCAUCUAAGUUGUUAAUAAUAAAUAAUAUCUAAAUCUGAAUUCUUGGCGGUUGUUGAUAGAAAUAUCAAAACAGAUUUAUUGAUUUAAAAUUUUCACUCAGAUUCAGAUGGGGCUGAUCGCUGUUGACUGACCAGGAGAACUACCGGCUGUCAGGAAAAUUCUUGCUUAUCUUCUGUCUGCCUACAGAUCUUCUCUGGUUUUGAACAGCCAUGCUACUCGGUUGCCAAAAUCAAGUACAGCAAAUGCACAUUUAUUCUCUUGUAUUUGAAGAAGGUGAUAGCUUCGUGUAGCGCCUGAAGUUCCUAAAUGAUUUUAGCAGUGGAAGUGAUAAACUUCAGAAACCUAAAGAAAUCAUCAUGAAGCUAUAUGUAUUUCUGGUCAACACUGGAACUACCCUUACCUUCGACACAGAGCUUGCUGUACAAAACGUGGCUGAUCUGAAACAUGCAAUACAAGCAAAGUAUAAGAUUGCCAUUCAGCACCAGGUAUUGGUUGUCAAUGGAGGAGAAUGUAUGGCUCCAGACAGAAGAGUGUGUAGUUACAGUGCUGGAACAGACACCAACCCAAUUUUCUUAUUCAACAAAGAAAUGAUUUUGUGCGAGCGUCCACCAGCCAUCCCCAAAACCACGUUUUCAGCAGAGAAUGAGAUGGAAUUGAAAGUGGAAGAAUCUCUCAUGAUGCCUGCAGUUUUUCAUACAGUGGCAUCACGAACACAGCUUGCUGUGGAAAUGUACGAAGUUGCCAAGAAGCUUUGCUCAUUUUGUGAAGGUCUUGUACACGAUGAACAUCUUCAACAUCAAGGCUGGGCUGCCAUAAUGGCCAACUUGGAAGACUGUACAUACUCUUAUCAAAAGCUGCUUUUCAAGUUUGAAAAUGUAUAUUCAAGCUAUUUGCAGUCCAUAGAAGAUAUUAAGUUGAAACUUACACACUUGGGUUCUGCUGUCUCUGUCAUGGCCAAGAUACCACUGCUGGAGUGCCUAACACGACAUAGUUACAGGGAGUGCUUAGGAAGACUGGAUUCAUCAGCAGAGCAUGGAGUGGUGGAAAGUGAAGAAACUGAGAAUGGGAAAUCUUCUGAACUGGUGCUUUAUUCUGAUGUAUCUAAAGUGAACAAUAAAUCAAUGUUAGCAUCGUUUUGCAAGUCAGUUGAACAUGCAGCUUUAGAAGACACAAAUCCUGAAAAUGUAAAAGACGAUAAGGAGUCUGGUCAAAAUACUACUGUCCAGGACAAUGAAACAUCAGUAGAACUGAAAGAUGAUGAUCAGCCUUCCUUCAAUGUGUCUUUAUUAGACUGGAUAAAUGUUCAAGACAGACCUAAUGAUGUUGAAUCACUGGUCAGAAAAUGUUUUGAUUCUAUGAGCAGGCUUGAUCCAAGGAUCAUCCAGCCCUUUUUGGCAGAAUGUCGACAAACUAUUGCCAAACUAGAUAAUCAGAACAUGAAGGCUAUUAAAGGCCUUGAGGAUAGGCUCUAUGCAUUGGACCAGAUGAUAGCAAGUUGCAGCAGACUGGUAAAUGAACAAAAAGAACUUGCUCAGGGAUUUUUGGCUAAUCAGAAGAGAGCUGAGAACUUGAAAGAUCCUUCUGUGCUGCCUGAUUUGUGUUUGAGUCAUGCAAAUCAGUUGAUGAUUAUGUUAACUAAUCACAGAAAGCUGUUAGAUAUUAAACAGAAAUGUACCACUGCCAAACAGGAGCUUGCAAAUAACCUACAAGUCAGACUAAAGUGGUGUUGUUUUGUAAUGCUUCAUGCUGACCAAGAUGGAGAGAAACUGCAAGCAUUGCUUCGUCUUGUGACAGAACUCCUAGAGAGGGUCAAGGUUGUAGAGGCUCUCAGUACUGUUCCUCAGAUGUACUGUCUAGCUGUCGUUGAGGUUGUGAGGAGAAAAAUGUUCAUAAAACACUACAGGGAGUGGGCAGGUGCUUUAAUAAAUGAUGGGAAACACCUAUAUGAAGCUGAAAGGGCAAAAAGAGAAUCUUUUGGUAAACUGUUCAGGAAGUCUUUUCUUAGGAAUCGCUUGUUCAGAGGACUUGAUUCCUGGCCUCCAUCCUUUUGUACAAGAAAACCUCGCAGAUUUGACAGUGAGCUUCCAGAUAUCUCAUUAAGUGACUUGCAAUUUUUGCAGUCUUUUUGUCCUUCAGAAGUUCAGCCAUUACUCAGGGUUCCAAUACUUUGUGACUUUGAACCUCUUCACCAGCAUGUACGUGCUUUACAUAACCUGGUAAAAGCAGCACAGAGUUUGGAUGAAAUGUCACAAACUAUUACUGACCUGCUGAAUGAACAAAAGGCCUCCAAUAGUCAAACAUCACCACAAUCUGCUACUACACCAAGGAUGGAAAGUACAACAGGAACCACAAUUGCUACCUCUUCAAGAACUCCUCCAUCACUCAGUCUUCAGGGUCCCCUGUGUCCUCCUGUGUGCCCCCCUGCUCCACUAGAGGAACUGUCACCAGACAGCAUUGAUGCUCAUACAUUUGAUUUUGAAACUAUUGCCCACCCAAACCUGGAGCAAGCUCUCAAGCAAGGAUCAUUGGACUUGGAUUCAUUAGCAGAAAGUCCAGAAUCUGACUUUAUGUCAGCAGUAAAUGAAUUUGUAAUAGAAGAAAAUCCAGUCUCUCCUAAUGUUAUAAGUGAUCCACAGAGUCCUGAAAUGAUGGUGGAAUCUCUUUACUCUUCAGUUAUCAAUGCAAUAGACAGUAGACGUAUGCAAGACACAAGUUCUUGCGUAAAGGACAUUUCAGUAGAAAAUGCUUCUCGUAGUGUUUGCGUGGAGAAGUGUAGGGUAAUUGCUCAAGAUUCAAAAGUACAUCUAAGAGGUAUAAAAGAAGAUCUUUGUCACUUUAGAACACUUGUACAAAAAGAACAGUGUGACUUUUCUAAUUCUUUAAAAUGCACUUCUAUAGAAAUAGUAAAUACUAUUGAAAAGGUAAAACUUUCACUUGAAAAAACACUAAAAGAUAAACAUCAAAAAGAACUGCAGUCUUUGAAAAGCGAAUAUGAAACCAAAAUUAAUAAAUUACUGGAGGAUGAUGAGGAAAGCAAAAAAAAGAUUGUAAAGUUAAAAGGUGACUUGUUAGGCCUUGAAGAAGUACUUCAGAAUAAGAACGAUGAAUUUGCAAUGGUGAAAAAUGAAAAGGAAGCUGUAGUUUCCCUUCAGAAUGAAAAAGAUCAGAAGCUACAUGAAUUGGAAUGCCAAAUGGAGACACAGAAUUCUGAAAUUAAGAAACUGAGACAGUCACGAGAGAUAGUACUCGAAGACUUGAAAAAACUUCAUGUUGAAAAUGAUGAAAAACUACAACUCCUGAGGGCAGAACUCCAGAGUUUAGAACAAAGCCAUUUAAAAGAACUGGAAAACAACCUUCAGGCCAGGCAUUUACAGGAAUUUGAGAAGAUGCUUGCUGAGCACAAGGACAGUUUAGAUCAAUUAAAAAAAGAGAACCAGCAUAGACUUGAACAAAUGCAGGAAUCUCAUGCAGCAAUUGUGCAGGAGAAACAACAACAGGUAGAAGAGUUAAAACUCAAAGUUUCAGAUCUGUCUGAUUUGAGGUGCAAAUUAGAAGUUGAACUUGCCCUGAAAGAAGCAGAAACUGAUGAAAUGAAGCUUCUCUUGGAAGAAAGCCGAAACCAGCAACAAGAGACCUUAAAAUCUCAAAUUGAUAAGGAAACUGAAAGCUUAAAAAAAGAGAUAGAGAAAUUAAACAGUAAGAUACAAGUUAGCAGUGAUGAAUAUCAAGUGGGCUUAUCAGAACUAAGAACUUUAAUGACAAUUGAGAAAGAUCAAUGCAUUUCCGAGCUAGUUGACAGAUAUGAAGAAGAAUCCAAUUUGCUUAGAACUGAACUAAACAAAGUAACGGUUCUGCAUCAAAAAACUUCUGAAGCAGAAAAAAGACUUUCGGAUCAAAUAACAGAACUGCAGUGUAAGUUAGAGUUGGAAAAGGAUGCCCUAGAAAAGGAAAAAACAGAAAAAAUGGCACUCUGUGAGCAGCAGGAAAAAUAUGAAGCUAUCAUCCAUAGACUUAAGGAAGAGAAAGAUCUGUUAGUAUCUAACCAAGAACAAGACAAGCAGUUGCUGAUUCAGAAACUCAAUUCUGAAAAAGAAGAUGCUGUACAAACUGCUUGUAAAGAAUUCGAAUUACAAAAGGAAGCUGCUGAAAAAGGGCUUUUGGAAAAAAUACAACAACUUGAGAUGCAAGUAAAUCAGAGUCCUCCCACUGAAUCAUCUGCUGAAUCAAGCUUGGUUGCUGAACUUCAAGAAAAGCUUCAGGAAGAAAAAAUGAAAUUCUUGGAGCAGCUUGAAGAACAAGAAAGAAGAAAGAAUGAAGAAAUGCAGAACAUUAGAACAUCUCUAACUGCAGAACAGCAGACCAACUUUAACACUGUUCUAGCAAGAGAAAAAAUGAAGAAAGAAAAUAUAAUUAAUGAUCUUAGUGACAAAUUAAAAAUGCUAACAGAACAGCAAGAAAAAGAUAAGGAUUUGAUUGAAACACUUUCUGAAGAUCGAGCUCGUUUACUUGAAGAAAAGAAAAAGCUUGAAGAAGAAGUCAGUAAGCUGAGAAGUAGUAAUCUUUCUCCGUCAACCUACUUAGCAGCAACUUCAGAAGCUUGUGGAGCCUGUGCAGCUGAUGUUCCCACUGAUACAGAGAGAUUGGCUUCUGACAUUGCACCUGAAGGGAGGAUGGACUCUACCAUGGAAACCAGUAUGAUGGCUGUGCAUGAAAACAUCCACAUGUCUGAAGAAAAACAGAGGAUCAUGUUGUUAGAAAGAACUUUGCAGUUGAAAGAAGAGGAGAAUAAGAGAUUAAAUCAAAGAUUGAUGUCCCAGAGCAUGUCAUCAGUAUCCUCAAGACAUUCUGAAAAAAUAGCAAUUAGAGAUUUUCAGGUUGGCGAUUUGGUUCUCAUAAUUUUAGAUGAAAGACAUGACAACUACGUAUUAUUUACUGUUAGUCCAACCUUGUAUUUCUUGCACUCUGAAUCUCUUGCUGCACUGGACCUCAAACCAGGUGAGUGUGCUUCAGGUGCAUCUAGGAGACCUUGGGUGCUGGGGAAAGUGAUGGAAAAGGAAUAUUGCCAGGCAAAAAAGGCUCAAAACAGAUUUAAAGUUCCUCUGGGUACAAAAUUCUACAGAGUGAAAGCAGUACCGUGGAACAAGAAAGUAUAACACAACAGAAUUUCAGUCCGUUCUGUUUCCAUUCUUUUUUGACUUGUCCUUCAGUGCUCAUUCGUCGCUCCAAAUACCAGGCCAUGUUUUUAUACUGAGUUCACGUGACAAAAUACUUCACUGAUGUACUGCUUUUACUUUUUAACAGGUCACAUUUUAGAAACAAGAGUUGCAUCAAAGUCUCUGGCCCUAACUGUUCCAAUUUUUUACCCUGAUAACUUUAGGAGUGUGGACCAAAUGCGUUCAUUUUCUCAAAGGGCAACCACAUGCAACAUGGUUUGUCAGCCAUGUUAAUUGCCUGUUAAAUAUACAUUAGCUUGUAUUUAGGUGUUAUGUGUUAGUUACCAUUAUUACCAGCAUAUGUCCUUUUGUGAAAUCAUUAUCAAAGUACUUGCACUCUUUAACAGAUUCUUUAUAUGUGUAAAAUUCAUCAACUAUUUAAAGAGGAGUGUUCAUUGCAUGCAGAUAAUCAUAUAAUUUUUCAACAUGAGUUUGCCUCAGUAGAUGAAUAAAAAUAACUACUGCAACUUGUUUCAUUACAUGAAAAUGCUCUUUAAUGUUAUUAAAAAAAAAAAAAAAGAAACAAAAAAAAAACAACAAAAAACCCUUGUAAUUUGAUGGACUGAUUUUGGAAAUCAGUCACAGUUAGAUCUGCAAUCUUCAAAAGCACUUUCAAUGGAUUGAUCACAGAUUCUGAAGGGAAGACACAUGUGCUGUUAGUUCAAAGUGAAGCACUUGUUCUUCCUGACAAACCAGAAAUCUUGUAUUAAUCUAUUUAGAAAAAUCAUAUUGAUGAAAUUGUAUUUCAUGGUUGAGUUUCAGGAAAAAACUCAUUGUACAUUAACCAUAUGAGAGUCAUUUAAGUAACAAAUUAUUGUAAUUGUAAAAGACAUGUAGAAUUUUAAAACAAUAAAGAUUUGAAACUGUAUGUGUUUGAAGCAUUUGUGUGCCUUUUAAAUAUUAACUUUCUAUAAUGUUUAUUUUAUAUUAAUCUGUUGUAGCUUUUCUCUGCUUACUUGAGCAAAGUUUCGUUAUAUAGAAAUAACUGUUUUCUCCAGUUCAUGUUCAAUAACAUUCAGUAAUUACAAGAAUUACCUUGUAAUAAUAAAAAGAAUUUCAGAAAUAAUUUUUUUCAGCAAUUCAAACUGAUAGGUGACAUUUUUUGAAAUGUAGUUAUUUAUUUAUUUCAUUUUAUUUUUAAUAACACUAUGAAAAGAUAUACCAUGAGUAACUAGUUGAAAGUGAAAUUCUUGGUUCAGUAAUAAGCUUAUGUCUAGAACUUAGUGGAUAAAAUCAUGUAACUGGUUUAUCUUCAGGAGGUGUACAGAGGAGGAAGGGAAAGGUAAAGAAAUUAUCAAAAUGAAAAUGUUGAUCCUUUUGCCCAUAUGUUGAAAAUAAUAUUCCUAUAGACUAACCUGUUAACUUGAGUACCCUGAAACUCCUGUAUAUGCUUUACUUAAAAGAAAAAAAAGUUAUUUCAAGUUACUUCAGAUGUUUUAAGUUGUGAAAUGCAUAGACUUGGAAUUGUAUCUCAUCUCUGAUUAAAAUAAAACUGAGACAGUUGAUCUCUGGAAAAUA